AUGAGUACAGAAAGACUGCUGUCUGGGUUUAUGGCAUUUCCGCUCUCACCGUUCUCGUGUUCUCUCUGUCGCUGGAAAGCAGAGACAAGAAGCUUCUCUACGUCGCAUCGAUUCUCAUGGGAAUUCCUUCUCGCCUCGCAGAUUCUUCAUGAGCUGGCUGCUGAGCUGACCUAUCCCGAGCCCGAGGGUCCCGUGGCGGGCAUCAUGAACAUCUCCACGCACAUCUUUGGCGUUCUCUUCACCAUCAUCAUCUCGCGCAUUCACGACACACUCGGCGAUUUGGCUGGCAAUCUGGCCUUCACGGUGCUUCUAGUCAUCGGUGCCUCCAUCACGGCCAUGAUCAAGGCCGAGCUGAAGAGGCACUCGGCAUACAAGGAGGUCGCAUCGGCGGCCGAAGAGCUGGCGCAGCUCGAGAAGCAGAUCGUCGUCAAGACCGAUGACUUCUAG